AUGAGCGCCAUUACAUUGCCCGACUUGCCAAAGGUCAAGCCGCUCGGUUCGCGAUUUCGAUUCUUUCUGUUAAUUUUGAUAUUCUUGUGCUUGACGGCAAUUUGGGCCAACGUGUUGACGUACAACAUUGCGAUCGUGUGCAUGUCCUCGAAUACGACUCACCACGCCGACCCGAAUCAUCGAAUUUUUACGAAUGGCCAAAAGACGCUUGCCGUGGUUUUCGUGUCAAUUGGAACAAUCGUAGCUACGGGCCCAGUCAUCUACCUCGUCAAUCGCUACGGGACCCGAACGAUCCUGGCAGUACUUGGCGUACUGUCAUCUGUCUGCACCUUCCUACUACCACUAACCAUUAAGCACUCAAUCGCGGCCUUCUACGUGCUGCGCUUCAUCCAGGGGAUUGCGCUCGCAUGUAACAUGCCGGUCGUUGGGUACUUUACGGAACGGUGGACUUAUUAUAAACAGGUA